UUGCGUGGUCUCUGAAUGUGCGUGGAUUGUAUUAUUGGAAAAGAGUAGUUCACGUCGCAGUGGUAUUUUAAAAGUCUAGUUGAAUAAGGGAUGGAAAAUAUGUUUUGCAUCACUUGUCCAUUGUAGACAAUCAGUUGAUUCCAGUCGAUAAAGGAUGUUAUUUCGAGGCACGCAGAGCCCAUGCCAGGCUAACUCAAUCGUUAGUAGCGAUAACGACAUAACGUUAAACCUACGUGCCAGCUAGUCAAAGCUUAGCGUUACAAGUCGCUAACCAGCGCUGAUGAAAACCUGCAAAGCUGAAUUGGCGACCAGGUAACGUUAGUUUGCUUACUCUUCGGAGCACCUUGUAACGCAAUAAUUUGUUUGCUUUUUGACUGGAUCUCUUAUCUGCUCUGGACUAACGUUACGUUACCACUCCAGCUGAGGAUAUCAUGCUAAAUAGUUUCAGGAGACUGCAUAAUAACGAAAACAUCAGCUUCGAUGAGCUAUAACCCACAUUUUGUCGGAACUAUUUUGUUUUUAUCUGCGCCGAAUUAGCCCAAGAAAGUAAGAUACUAUUGGCUGGCUCGCUCCAGCCCACUAGUUAAGAACAAGAUACUCAAAGGAGUUCUAUCUUUACCAUCCAAGAUAAGUAUUCAAGACGAAGACGAAAGAAGUCAUUUGGGGGGAUUCCGGGUGUUCUGUCGCUUUCAAGUCGCAACAUAUCAAUCCUCCUUCAUUGGAAAUACAUGAUCAGGUUUUGGGAAUGUUUGGAGGCGUAGGGAACUCUCCAUCAGUGCUGCCCAAUAGUUCUGAAGCAUCAUCGUAGGCUAACCUUCAAGAGACAUCUCGUGGGUGGAACAGUAUUCUCCCAAAUCAAAGGCAUCGCAUCCCUCAUUCACAAGUUGGAGCCAUGAUCACGACAGAGCUUUAACAUUUACGAAUACCAUCACUUGAGGGAAAACAACCUAAUACAGAUGUUCGUCAGCAAAAUGACUUUGAAUCAGUCCGGUCUGUUUGGACAAAUAGAUGAUCUCCAAGACCUCACAUUCAUCGAAAGACCAAUACGGAGGAGUUUAAAGACUGCUGAGGAGAUUGACAAGCUGACUGUGGAUGAAGACCUAAAUGACAUUGAGCGAGCAGUUUACCUGCUCAGCUCGGGUCAGGAUGUCCAGCGGGCGAGUGUGAUUGUGAACCUGCCAACGCUGGUGCGACAGAACCCAGCCGAAACCUUCCGGAGGGUGGUGCCAAAAGUCAGGGAAGUGCUCCAUGUUGCUGGGGUGGAGAUGCAGCUAGCCGCGGCGAGCUCCUUCCUGACAAUCCUCCAGGAUGACAUCAUCCUCAUUCAGACUCACACCCACUCCAUCUUGCAGAUAGUCCUCCUCAACCUGGACCAUCGGGAGACAGUGGUCAGCAAUGCUUGGUUGGAGACUUUGCUCGCAUCUAUUGACGCUUUACCAAAGGAGACCAUUAGGCAAGAGAUCCUGAGUCCAUUGGUGUCGAAAGCACAGCUGUCACAAUCUGUUCAGGCCCGCCUUGCCAGCUGUCGGAUUCUGGGGAAGGUAGCGGGCAAGUUCGACUCCUCCGUAGUGAAGAAGGACCUGCUGCCCCUGGUCCGGUCGCUGUGCCAGGAUGUGGAGUAUGAGGUGCGCUCCUGCAUGUGCCGGCAGCUGGAGGACAUCGCCAGGGGAAUAGGGCUGGACCACACGAAGGCCGUGGUUCUACCCGAACUGGUGGAGCUCGCUCGGGACGAGGGCAGCACGGUGCGUCUGGCUGCCUUCGACACCAUCAUCAACCUCCUGGAGAUGUUUGACAGUGCCCUCUCCCCCUCGCCUGUAGAUGACCGGACACGCGUCAUCUUCCCGCUGGUCAAGACCUUCUGCGAGAAGUGCUUCAAGGCCGACGAGGCCGUCCUGGCCUCGCUCUCCUUUCAGUACGGGAAGCUGUGCCACGGGCUCUCAGCUUGUUUCACUGAGGAGCAGCACCUAUGGUUCCUUGAGUUCUAUAAGAAGCUCUGCUUCCUCGGCCUGCAGCAUGAGAACGGCCACUGUGAGAGCCAGGCGUACCAGCUAGAGCUGGAGAAUAAGUACGCCAUGGUGCGUCGGAACUGCGCCUACAACUUUCCAGCCAUGAUGCUGUUUGCCGACCCAAACCACUUUCUGUCUGAGCUGUACCGGACCUUCUCCAGCCUGUGUCACGACCCCGAGAUCUCUGUGCGGCGGACUGCGGCAGAGGGGUUUCAUGAGGUGGUCAAACUGCUGGGUCCUAAUGUCCACUACGUUCACAAGGAGCUGGUGACGUUACUCCAGGACGAUUCGUUAGAGGUCCUGGACGCUCUGCUGAACCAUCUGCAGGAGACCCUGGAGCUGGCCACGUCGAGAGGAGAGGGAGCAGGGCCCGAGAGCAAGCUGGUGAACGUGCCCGACCUGGUGCCAGCGCUGGUGGCGGCGGAGCAGAAGGCGGCGUCGUCCCUGCGGUGGCGCGUCCACGAGAGGCUGCUGCACUGCUACGCCUGCCUGCCCCGCGUCGUGCCCGCCGACCAGAUCUACUUCCGCUUCCUGCAGAGGAUGUUCAACAUCAUCACCACCAACAAUGUUCUGCCGGUCCAGAGAGAGGCUGCAAGGACGCUUUGUGUGUUUCUUCGUUACAAUCGCAAGCAGGAGCAACGGCAAGAGAUCCUCACCAAGAUCAUGCAGGAACUUGGCCAGGGCAGAAGCUACUGGAACCGGCUGCGGUAUCUCGACCUGUGUGAGAUCGCUAUGGAGCUCUUUUCAAAGUCCUACUUCUGCAAGAACUUCCUGAUCCAGGCCCUAGAGCUGGUCAGCGACCCUGUGGCCAACGUCAGGUAUAAGCUGUGCCACAUGCUGCCCAGGCUGCGCUCCACCAUCCGGCUGCCCGCCGACAAGCACCUGCUCCAGCAGCUGGAGUUCUGCGUGCGGAAGCUGCUGUGCCGCGAGAAGGACAAGGACGUGGUGGCCACCAUCCGCAAGAUAGUGCUAGAGUUGGACAAGAUGGAAAUCACUGAACCGUACCACAAACGGCACGAAAGAGAUCUGCUGGACCAGAAGAAGGAGAAGGAGGAGGCUCUGCUGCUGGAGAUGGAAAUGCUGGAGCGACAGCAGAGUGAAGCCAAGCUGGUGGGCGAGAAGCACAGCGAAAAGAAACGAAGAGACAGUAAGACGGGGCUGUCGGGAACUAAAGGAAUGUCAGGGUCCACGUCAGGAGCAACGCUAUCCACGUCGGCAGGUAAAGAGAUGAGGAAGGCCAAACUAGCCCGGAGUCGAUCCCUCAGUAGUCAUCCCACCACCCCCAAGAUGUCCAACUCUUCAGACAAAUCUCUAAAAGUGAAAGAGUCUGGAAGCUGUCCUGGGUCUGGAAAAAGCUCCAUGCUAGCAGUGAAUGAUGACACGAUGCGGCCUCACCACUACAGCGUGGCGUCCUCGUCGUCCUCCAUGUCCCCGACCCCGUCCACCUCCUCCAUGCCCGUCCUCAUCCGCAGCAACACGUCCAGCUCCGUGGAUCACCGCGGCAACGGGGGCAAGGACACGCAGUCCAGGAAGCUCUCCAUUCAAAGAAAAUCCAACUCUUUCGGAAUGCAGUCUGGGAGGGAAUGAUCGGGACAGCUGCUGAAGGUGCUGGAAAAGAUUUCUGCCUCCCCUGUCCCGUCAUGUCACGAGACAGGAACCUAGUGGCCAAUACAUCCCCCAGUUGGAGCUUCAUGUCAUCUUGCGUCACAUCCAUGCCCGCCCCCCCACCCACCCUCCACUCUAAAGGGAUGCUGGAGAAAACGGACUGACACACAGACCCAGCUGUGUUAAACGAAGAGAGCGAGAGAGAGAGAAAGAGAGUGUGAGGGGGAACGGGGAAUAUCAGAGGUGUUUUAAAAGUUUUAUUUUUCAGCGCGCCAAACAAAACAGUUUGACAUUGAUCCAUCUCUGCCUUACUCAACAAAUGUUUGUAACAUUUGUUUGACAAGGAAAUGGAAAAAAAAAAUGGAAAGAAAUGUGACAGAGCGUCGUGUGCGGAGGAGCAAAUGGAUGUAUUUUAUUUAUUGGCUCAUUUGAUUUUUUUUUCUUGUAUUAUAGCAUGCUUUGCAAAAUCUUUUUCUUCUUUGUUUUAUAUUUCCUAGUCGGGUAAGAAGAACAAAACGACAGAAAAAGAGGAAAAAAAAUAACAGCUCCAUGUUCAUUUUUAUGAGUCGUAUCGCCUUGCUGACACCACAGCACUUCUAUGAGUUCCAGAACUUUUCCCUUCUCGACCAAUGAGAUUGUUGCCUGGUGUUCCGCGACAUCAGAGUGAUUCACGCCCACACCACACACCACCCAAUCAAUAAACAGAAGACCCCUCGCUGAA